AGAAGAAGAAAAGGGCAAGGCAGGCAGGGUGGAGGUGGUGGUGGGAGGCGAGCGGUUGGGGUGGGGUGGGCGGUGGCAGCGCAAACAAGCAAGCCUUCCAAUUAACCUCUCAUCCGCUUCCCCUCCUCCUCCCGAUUCCCAAAUCCCGCAGCUCCAAUUCCAAGCCCCGAUUCUUCUCCGAUUCCGUUGGUACCCUCGCGUACGGGCUUGGCGGCAUGCGGCGCGGCGGCGCGGGGGCGGAGGGUGACGUGGAGGCGCGGUUCCGCGGGGUGCGGAAGCGGCCGUGGGGCCGGUUCGCGGCGGAGAUCCGCGACCCGGCGAAGAAGGCGCGCGUCUGGCUCGGCACCUUCGACUCCGCCGAGGACGCCGCGCGCGCCUACGACGCCGCAGCGCGGGCGCUGCGGGGGCCCAAGGCCAAGACCAACUUCUCGCUCCCCGUUGCUCAUCACCACCACCACGUGCCUGCCGCAUACACGCCCUACACCUCCGCCGCUGCCGCCGCCACCAGGGUCCCGACGCCGGCGGCUGCGGUCGCCGCCGCUAGGCCGGCGAGCAGCAGCCUCAGCUCCACCGUGGAGUCCUUCGGCGGCGCGCGCCCGCGGCCCGUACUCCCGCCGCGCCCGCCGCCGCCCCCGAUCCCCGACGGGGACUGCCGCAGCGACUGCGGGUCCUCGGCCUCCGUUGUGGAUGACGACUGCACGGACGCGGCUGCCUCGCCGUCCUGCCGACUCCUGCGCCCGUUCGACCUCAACCUGCCCCCUGGCUGCGGCGUUGGGUGUUACGGCGACGAGGAGGACGAGCUGAGGCUCACGGCGCUGCGGCUGUGAAGUCCAACUCAAGCCUGUGCUUAGAGAAAGAGGAAAAGGAGAAAAAUAUUUGCUUCAUCCCUUCUCUCGUAGCCGACACGAACCCCCUCCAAAACUACGUUGUUCUUGUUGUUGUUUACUUGAUCUGAUGAUGAUUACUAUGCCCUGAUCUACGUAUCUGCAUGCUUGCCUGCUUGUUUCCGGCGAUUGAGGAUUGUCGCCAAAUCUCUUGGCAGCUGGUUGUGCUGUAAUAUAGCAACAUUUUACUUCCUUCCUCUUGUGAGGAAAGAGACAGCUAAAGUAACUUAUUUUUAUCUUUA